AUGCCUCUUGAGCAGAUGCGUCUGGAGAAGGCGGGCUUUCUCGAGGCAGACGAUUCAGACCGAAGCGUCUGGGCAGCACUUCGCGGUCCCCAUAGCGAACAUCAACGCCAGACUCGGCAAUACGUUCUCCUUGCGGUAAACGUCACAAUUCUGAUAUUAUCGCUGCUCGUCAAUAUUUGGACGUGGGCGAGAGUCGAGCCGAAAUGCAUUCGAGAGACCGACAUGCAAGAUGCCCAUAGCGCCAUCCAGUAUGAACAGCGAGUGUUCACGGGGGCUUUGGUAUACGACCCAGAGACAAAGCGAGCCAUCAGGAAGCAGGAUGCCGAGCAUGAAUACUUUGGGCCCCCAUCGGAAGAGCUCGACGCCGCCUGGCAUAAGCUGCUGCAUGGCGAAUUCCCCGUGAUGAGGCCCGAGGAAGCAGCGCAGUUCGAGCCAGAACUGACGCGGAUUCCUAAGACCAAGGAAUUUCACUUCGAACCAGACAUGUUCCAUACUCUUCAUUGCCUCAAUGCCGUCCGACUCGAAGCAUCGAAAUCGUUGUAUAACAUCUCGGGGGGACACAGUCAUGGCAGUGUCCCAGGUAUCAGCCUGCCGGAAGGGUGGGACUUGGCUCAUAUGGAGCAUUGUAUGGAUCGGAUACGGCAGUCAAUCAUGUGCCAUGGAGACCUGACACCCUCGCCGCUGUAUUACUGGCCUGGCUUCAAGAUUGCGCUUGGAAGGACUGCAGCGCAUACUUGUCGCAGGUGGCAGCCUAUGCGCGACUGGAUGGAUAAGCGUGGCAGCGAAGGGCCGUUGCUGGAUCCAUUGUAG